AUUGGUGAGCUGUAGUAGGCCGAGACUUGGUCAGAAGUUUUUAUUUUGAGUGCAAGGUAAUCUUUGCAAGAAUUGCUGCUCUGUGGAUUUCCCAGCAGAGAAGGGAGAAAAAAUAAGUAGGGGAGAGAUAAUCUCUAAGCAGUUAAAGGGGAGGAAAUUCAGCCAGGAAUGAAAGAAAGCAUCAAAGAGAGGAAAAUAAAACUUUGUAAAAGCUAAGAAUUUUCUCCAGGGGUUUAGUUCGUGUUCAUUUGGAAUGAACUGGCCCAUACCUGAAAGUGAGAAAGGGCAGGAAGAUAGGUGAGGUCGUGGGACAGACCUAAAACGAAUGUUACACUGGGGGUUCUGCAUGUGUGACUUGAAUCAUAAAAAGGAAACAAAAAUGUUGGAAGAAAAACCAGCGCUGAGGGAGCAGCCUAGUGAUUUUUCUGGUGACAGCUCAUGAAAAUAGCAUUAUGCUCCUCAGGUGCUCAUGGUGGGACGGUCAAGAGGAUACACUAGGCAGCCCCACAUAAAGGCACAGGCACUUGGAAAUCCUCAACAGUGUUUUCUUAAAAGAAGAACAAACAAGAGCAAUCAAGAAUCCAGGAGGUGGCAGGAAGGAACAGCUGCCCAAGGGCUGAAGGAUCUCAACAGAGGAGACCAGCUGCAGGAACUAGAAGGAAAAAAGCUGCAAGUGCAACAAGAUGACAUUGGUCAGGGAGCUCCUCCGAGCCAGAAACCUGCUGCUGGUGAUCCUGAUCCCACUCCUGCUACUUCCCUUGCCGCUCUUAUACCCCAGUAGUGAAGCCUCAUGUGCCUAUGUGCUGAUAGUGACGGCAGUGUACUGGGUUUCUGAAGCGGUGCCACUUGGAGCGGCAGCCCUUGUUCCUGCUUUCCUCUACCCACUCUUUGGAGUCAUGAAGUCCAGUGAGGUGGCUGCAGAAUAUGUCAAGAACACCACUUUGCUUCUCAUGGGGGUCAUUUGUGUGGCAGCCUCUGUCGAGAAGUGGAACCUACACAAACGGAUCGCCUUGCGCAUGGUCAUGUUGGCUGGAGCAAAGCCGGGCAUGCUUCUCCUUUGCUUUAUGUGCUGUACGACCAUCUUGUCUAUGUGGCUUUCCAACACAUCCACCACAGCCAUGGUAAUGCCAAUUGUAGAAGCAGUACUACAGGAGCUAGUAAAUGUUGAGGAGGACCGUGAGAUGAAUGGCACUGUGAGCACUGCUGUCCAAGAAGACCGAGAAAACAUAGGUAUUGAGGGAAAAAACGGGCAACCGUCCUUGGAGCUUAUUUUCAUCAACGAGGAUGCCACAGCUGCCAACCUCAGCUCCUUGAUUCAUUCCAAGAAUAUGAAUGGCGUACACAUGAUAGCCAACACAAUUGGAACUGUGAGCUCCAAAACCAAUGGGCAGCAUCUACCUCAGGCUCAGAUCCUCGUUCUCCCACCCAAACCUCAAAAUCUGGACCUCAACAGUGAACACCGCUAUCAGUCCAAACAUGAUCACAUGGUCUGCAAAUGCCUCUCCCUGAGCAUUUCCUAUGCAGCAACCAUCGGGGGACUCACUACCAUCAUUGGCACCUCCACUAACCUCAUCUUCCUAGAGUAUUUUAACAACCAUUAUCCCAAUGCUGAUGUGGUGAAUUUUGGAACCUGGUUCUUAUUCAGCUUCCCCAUCUCUGUCAUCAUGUUGGUGCUGACCUGGUUCUGGAUGCACUGGCUGUUCCUGGGUUGCAAUUUCAAAGAGACAUGUUCAGUGAGCAAGAAGAAGAAGACCAAAAGGGAGGAGAUGUCAGAGAAGAGAAUCCAGGAAGAGUAUGAGAAACUGGGAAGCAUCAGCUAUCCUGAGAUGGUGACUGCAUUCUUCUUCAUCCUGAUGACAUUGCUCUGGUUUACAAGGGAGCCAGGGUUUGUACCAGGCUGGUCAUCUUUGUUUGAAAAGAAAGGCUACCGGACUGAUGCUACAGUCUCUGUCUUCCUUGGCUUUCUCCUCUUCUUGAUUCCUGCAAAGAAACCUUGCUUUGGAAAGAAAGGGACAGCAGCCAUAACAGAUUCUACAGAUGAUAACUCAGCAGAACCAAUUAUCACCUGGAAGGACUUCCAGAAAACAAUGCCCUGGGAGAUCGUAGUGCUGGUUGGAGGAGGAUACGCUUUAGCAGCGGGAUGCAAGACAUCUGGCCUUUCCACAUGGAUUGGACGGCAAAUGUUGUCUCUGAGUAGCCUUCCCUUUUGGGUUGUCACCCUGCUAGCCUGUAUCCUGGUGUCCAUAGUGACAGAGUUUGUUAGUAACCCAGCAACCAUAACUAUCUUCCUGCCUAUUUUAUCCAGCAUGUCAGAAACCCUGCAAAUCAACCCUCUGUACACCCUGAUCCCUGUUGCAAUGUGUAUCUCUUUUGCGGUGAUGCUACCGGUGGGCAAUCCUCCAAAUGCCAUUGUUUUCAAUUAUGGGCACUGUCAGAUCAAGGACAUGGUCAAAGCUGGCUUUGGUGUCAAUCUGAUUGGAUUAGUGGUUGUUCUGGUGGCAAUAAAUACUUGGGGAAUUAGCCUCUUUCGACUGAAUACGUUUCCAGACUGGGCGAUAGUCAGCAAUGUCACCAGCCCAUCAUAGUCAACAGCAACAACGCUGGCUCAACCACCAGCAAACCUGGAGUGACAUAUUUUAUUUAAAUUGCACAUACAUAAAGAAAGGAAGAAACUUGAGUGUACAUAUUUGCAAUAACCAAAAUGAAUCAAGUAGCAACUCAACCGGACAUUUUCCCAGAGAUCAUACCUUCAUCGUCUAGUGCUGAAUUAAAAACUUCACUCAUUACUAGCUCUCAGAACUGUAAUGGAAUGAGCCUGCUUCAGCUUUCCCAGUUCUUUCCUUUCCUUUCAACAGAAAACUUACUUUUUGCUCUGCCAACAUUGUGCUUUACUUAUUGGGGUAUAUGUAAUAUCAGCCACUCUAGUUCAGCUCUCAAAUUCAAUGUACCUAAAGAUGGCUACCAUUCUAUAUUUAUCAAGUUGGUUCUAAAGAAUAUGUUUAUAUUUAUUUAUACUUUUUUAAAAACAAAAAGUAGAAAAUAAUAUAUAGUUAACUAGAUAAGGAUG